UCACGCUGAAGACAUGAACUGUCUACUGAUCCUCUCCUGCCUUGCCUUCGCCGGCGCAGCCUACGGUGAGAAAAUGUCCACGUGUCUGCCAAUGUCUGCCUUUACAUGAGUUGUAGGAUAACCUCAGGGUGCUUUUUUAGUCGUUCAGUUUUUAUUCUUUAGUUUUUUUAAUCCUUUUAUGUUUGCUGUGUGGUAAAUAUAUAUUUUUAUUGUUUUUAUUCAUUUUUUCCCCCCUGUGAAGCACAUUGUGUUGCAUUCCAUGUCUAAAAAUCUACUGUAGAAAUAAAGCUUGAUUUGAUUUAUUUAUCGGGUAAAAUAAAUAUUUGACUUGAGUGACUGCUCUACUCAAUAUCAUUUCAAGUGGUACUACACUAGGGCAACAUUGUGUUUAUAUUCUGUAUAGAGGAAACUGCCGACUGUUAGAAUCUCUGUUAGAGCAGCCAAACCAGACCCCCUAAUCUCUGUUAGAGCAGCCAAACCAGACCCCCUAAUCUCUGUCUCUGUCAUCAGGCUGUGGCUCCCCCGCCAUCCAGCCUGUGGUGUCUGGUUACGCCCGCAUCGUCAACGGUGAGGAGGCUGUGCCCGGCUCCUGGCCCUGGCAGGUGUCCCUCCAGGACUACACUGGAUUCCACUUCUGCGGCGGCUCUCUGAUCAACGAGAACUGGGUUGUGACAGCCGCCCACUGCAGCGUGAAGUGGGUGCUGGCUGCCGAGCCAUAACCUUCAUAAGUGUAGCAACAUGCUAACUGGCUAAAAGCUAGCUAAUGCUAACUAGCUAAAAAUAAUACUAGCUAAAAGCUGGAUAAUGCUAGUGCUAAUGCUACUUAGCUGAAAGGUGGCUAGCAUAUGGUUAACGUAGCUAAAUUAUGUUUAUUUUGUGAAACUAUUUCAGGACCUCUCACCGUGUGAUCCUGGGAGAGCACGAUCGCUCGUCCAACGCUGAGGACAUCCAGACCAUCAAGGUUGGCCAGGUAAACUUCCACAAACAACUAUUACUACAACUUUUAACAUCUAUACUUUUAUUUUUUUGAAGUAAAGAUAAAAGAUCAGUGAAAGUUCCACCUGGAAGUCACAUCGGCUCAAAUGAUCAGUUCAUGAUCUGUUUUCGGUGAAUUAAAACAUUGAAUCUUAAAAUCUCUAAUGUUUGUCGCCUUGUGCCCCCUUACUAGGUGUUCAAGCACCCCAAGUACAACGGCUUCACUAUCAACAACGACAUCACCCUGAUCAAGCUGGCCACCCCCGCCGUCCUGGGAACCCGUGUUUCCCCCGUGUGCGUCGCUGAGACCAACGAUGACUUCGCCGGUGGCAUGACGUGUGUGACCUCCGGUUGGGGUCUGACCCGCUACAACGGUAACCAAUCGCUACAGCUUUUCCCAUCAAGAUCUUUCCAAUCACCAGAGGUCUCAUUGUAAAGUCAGACAUACCUUGGGUCGUUUUUCUUGACUAGCAGAACUGUUCGGUCUAGUUGAAAGAUUCUGUUUCAAUUGGCUCAGUCAAUUUGAAAUAUUCAAUUUCAGUUGGCUCAAUCUAUUUGAAAAAUGAUGUUUUCAGUUGGGUUUCAGUCUUGCAUUGCUUAGUAGUCUUUUAACUAUGUGAGAAAGAUGGUGAUUGGCUGACCGGUUCUGUAGUGUUACCUGACCCUUUGGUGUCCUCUGGUUCCAGCUCCCGACACCCCCGCCCUGCUGCAGCAGGCUGCUCUUCCCCUGCUGACCAAGGCUCAGUGCCAGAAGUUCUGGGGCUCCAAGAUCACCGACCUCAUGAUCUGCGCUGGAGCCGAUGGCGCCUCUUCCUGCAUGGUGAGUAACACAAACCAUAGGGUUGCAAAAUUCAGGCAAACUUCCAAAACAUUCCUAGGGUUUCCAGAAUUCCUAGCUGGAAGAUUCCCGGAUUUUUUGCAAGCCUACACAAACCAUAUGGCACACUGACGCAUUGUUACAGGCCAUGACACUGAACCUACCACCGUCGGACUAAUGGUGGUCACACUGACGCACUGUUACAGGCCAUGACACUGAACCUACCACCGUCGGACUAAUGGUGGUCACACUGACGCACUGUUACAGGCCAUGACACUGAACCUACCACCGUCUGACUAAUGGUGGUCACACUGACGCACUGUUACAGGCCAUGACACUGAACCUACCACCGUCUGACUAAUGGUGGUCACACUGACGCACUGUUACAGGCCAUGACACUGAACCUACCACCGUCUGACUAAUGGCAGAGUUCAAUCUGGACUUUUACAGUUAUUUGCACUGCCUUAAAACGUCAUUGCAUCGAUAAUAGCUUGGCGUUUCCUUAGUUCUUCACUUUUUGGAAACAGCUGAGCACAAACUCUGAACAUAGAAAGUGAUCACCAGAGAGAGACUGCAAUUUGACAGACUCUAACUCUUUCUAUACUCCUUUCUGUGUUUCAGGGUGACUCUGGUGGCCCCCUGGUCUGUGAGAAGGCUGGUGCCUGGACCCUGGUCGGUAUUGUGUCCUGGGGCAGUGGAACCUGCACCCCCACCAUGCCCGGAGUGUACGCCCGCGUCACUGAGCUCCGCUCCUACAUCGACCAGACCAUCGCCUCCAACUAA